AUGAGAGUACGGUACAUCGCCAUUUCCAACUCCACAAUCUUGGCCACAGAUAAAUGUUGGACGAAAAGCCUCAUUGUACCUGUUCCUAAGCCUGGCACUGACAAGUUUAGACCAAUAUCCCUUACAUCAUGCUUCUGUAAAGUGCUGGAGCGUAUCCUCCUGAAUCGCCUUAUGUAUCGCCUUCAAGACAAACUAUCAUCCAGAUCAUCCUAUGUCCUCUUUAAAGGUGCCUGCAGCACACCUAAGUGCUUUGGCCUUGGGACUCCACAGGGAGGUGUCCUCAGCCCAUUUCUUUUCAAUAUCCUUAUGCACCGCCUCAUAUCCCAGCUCCCUGAUAUCCCAGGAACAACAAUUACAUGCUAUGCUGACGACAUCUGCAUUCACUCCAACUCUCCAGAAGAUCUACAGUGCUUACUUCAUUCAUUUUACGAAUCUACCUCUUCAUGUGGCCUCAUCAUCUCUCCUGAAAAAAGUAGGAUCUUCUCUCUACAAAACCCACGAACACUACCUGAAUUUCUAGUAGGCCCCAGUAUUAUACCAUUCUGUACACAGUAUCUCUACUUGGGUGCUCCAGUUCGAGUCCUUCCCACCACGCCAGCACGUCAACGUGUCCAUCCCAUUGUUCAGGAAUUACUGACACGGCUGCAACGUCGCCUUGAACCCCUUCGGUGGCUAACCAACAGUGCUGCUGGGGUCUCCAUUCCUGUGGCCAGAAAUAUCUAUACAGCUUUUAUCCGUUCAGUAGUUGAUUACCUAUCUCCAACUCUUAGUCAACUCUCCAAGACAGCACUAGAACCACUAGAAAAAUUUCAGAAUAAGGUAAUGCGCUGCAUUCUAGGAUGCCCAAUGUCCACUAGGAUUGCUAACAUGCAGCAGGAACUUCAUCUCCUUCCUCUUGUGGAACGAAUAUAUGCCAAUGUAACAUUCUUUACUGUUAAAUGUCUCCACUCAUCCAGUCUCGCUCCACAUUAUGCUGACCUUAUUAAUGUGUCACUUGACCCCAAUGCUCGUCCCCCACAACUCCGACCAGGUGGCUGUGCUCUCAUAAGGAAUGUUUGCCGAGACCUUAGAAGAUUGGAUAUUAAUGUCCCCCAAGAGGAAGUUGACCAUGGUCCUCCCCCGUGGCAGAUUCCUCCUGUAGCAGUUUCCUACACACCCACCUGUAGGAGGGACCUACCCUGCCAACAGAAGCAACUAGCCCUAGAGGCCAUUAACAAAGUAAGGUCUUCCAUCCCUGCCUCUCACACCCUCUACGUUGACGGUUCUUUACAAGUGGAUGGAGCUGCAGGCUGUGCUGUCUUCUCUCCUACUAUGGAACCACCAUAUGGGGGAUGGACUGGACGUCGUCUGCAGGACUGGUCAAGUUCUACCUCCUGUGAACUGCAUGGGCUUCUAGAUGCUGUUAGCCUACUUCUACGGACUAGAAGCAAUGGACUAGCUAUUUGUGACUCACAGUCUGCCCUUCGUGCCCUCUCCUCCCCAAAGCCUGAAGCCCGUAGCCUAGUCAAUCGCAUAGUGCGCCACCUAGUCACAGCCAUUGGACAUGCACUUGUCAUACAUUUCCUAUGGAUUCCCUCGCAUGUUGGGGUAACAGCGAAUGAUGAUGUAGAUCGUCUUGCCAAAGCUGCCUGUAGGCUAGCCCUACCUGCGGCUGACGUCUCGCCAGCAACCCUCUCUCACUACAAGCGGAGGAUACGUGCUUCUGCUCGCUUGUCAAUCACCCGACGCAGGAGCGCCGAGCGGCCAGCGAGCGUAAGCAUCCAGCACUACGACUACUUUGCCUCUCACCCCUACAAAUACCGACGCCGCGGUCUGUUGGUAAGAAGACACAAUGUGGUCGCUGCCCGGCUCCGCUUAGGCUACAGACCAGUGUGGCAGGUGGGUGAGACAGAGGACGUGCCCCAGUACACAUCGUGUAAGUUGUGUGAUGCACACAAUGCGAACCACCUACAGCAUUACUGCCUUGAGUGUCCAGAGCAGUACAUCAAAUACAUGUUCAGUCGACGUGGUAUUAACUUCGGUGGAAUGAGUAUCUUCAAAAAUGUUUCUAUACCUCUACGAUAUAAUUAA